AUGGGUAAAUUCGGUGGCAUCUCUACGUUGAAUCGGUUGCUCAGUCCAUGGCUAAGCCGGACGCAGAAGACCAUACCGCAGGCUGCCGUAGCCACCGGUGAUCCAUCCCGUAGACAAUCGCAUCACCAAGCGCAUGAUCUCGUGGAGCAGCACGAUCAGCAACAUGGCGUGGAAGAGGUGCGCAUUCCCAUUCCCUAUGGUGAAGUGGCGGGUAAAUGGUGGGGCCCAAAAAACGUACGACCCGUUGUGGCACUUCACGGUUUGCAGGAUAAUGUGGGCACAUUCGACCGGCUGAUACCGUUGCUACCGCAGCAUAUGAGCGUUCGAAAACAUUCCUCGAUCUCCUUCGUCGAGGAAUGCGAUAAAAGGAAUAAUGUUGUCGAGAUGCAAAUACCAGUACCCUAUGGAACAAUUGCUGGCAAGUGGUACGGUCCCAGCGAUGUCCGUCCGGUUUUGUGCCUUCACGGUUGGUUGGACAACUGUGGUUCAUUCGAUCGGUUGAUUCCUCUGCUGCCAACUGAUCGUAGCUAUCUGGCAAUCGAUUUACCCGGGCACGGACGUACGACGCGUAUUCCGGCUGGAACAACCUACAGCAUGAUCGACUACAUGACGCUCGUGAUGUACAUUCUUCGUUACUACAAGUGGAACAAGGUUUCCCUGCUGGCCCACUCCAUGGCAGCGAAUGUUGCAUUUGCCUUUACGGCCUUGUUUCCCCAAUCGGUGGAUCUACUAAUCUGUCUGGACGAGUUGGACCCACUGUCGUAUGACACGGAUCGUGUCACGGCAGUGGUAGCAGCCAGCAUAGAUAAAAUAGUUGAUAUGCAUCUUCGCGCGACCGGCAAAAAAGUUGCAGCUGAACCACCGGCGUACGAUUAUGAGGACAUGAUCGAGAAGCAAUACCACGCCACCGCAGGUUCGCUUACCAGAGAAGUCAGUCCUCAUAUUCUUCAACGCAUGAUUAGCCCAUCGACACGCCACGAAGGAAAGUAUUUCUUCAACGGAGACAGCCGCAUACGUUACCUGACCAUUCCGGGUUGGUCUAAUGCGAUUUACCUUGGGCUCGCGGAACGCAUCAAUGCUCCGUUUCUUGCCAUCAAGGCUACGGAAUCUCCCUAUCGGGAGUCAAAAGAGCGCUUUGACGAGAUGGUUGCCUUGCAGCGAAAGGUUAAUCCGAAAUUUGAGGUUGCCUACGUUGCUGGAAACCAUCAUGCCCACCUAACCCAUCCGGAACUAGUGGAACCGAUUAUAUGUGAUUUUCUCAAGCGGCAUAACAUCAAUCCAGAUCGAAGCAUUGCGAGUAAACUGUAAAAUUA